AUGUUCAUCCAGAGCAGCAGGUCACAAGUUCAAGAUGAGAAGGCAGAGGAAGCUUUGCUCGAUGCACACAAGAGGCAAUUGGCUGCUAUGCUUGCGGCCAAGAAAGCCAAACGCUCGAAAGCGACUCCAGCCAAGCGCUCCAACCCAGCCAAGGGCUUGAAAGCGUCUCGAGCUAGCCCCCCACAACCGCUGCCAGGCAACAUCUUGGGAAUUUCAUGGGACGACCCCGGGUUUUCUGAGGAGAAUGUCCAGAGAUUUCUGAAAACGCGUAAUCGCACAUGCCGGGUCAAGAAGGCCACCAAGAACAGGGUCGCCAAAGCGAGCGGUCUCGAACACACCGAGUUUGAACUCAGGAUGCCGGACGCUGUGUACAAGUUUGUUGUUGGAAAAAAGCCACUUCAUGGAGCUCGUCCUCGUCGCAACUGCCCUCCCCGUGUCCAGGUUGAUGAAAACAAAGUCCGAGUCCCGGCAAUUGAGAACACUUCGGAUGAGAUGGAUAUCGAGGAAAACAACAGCAUGAAUGAGGGAACGGGUUUGACUUUCUCCACUCUCGUGCUUCGUCCUAAGGACGCCAUUUAA